AUGACAAGAACGAUCACCGUGGAUGGUGAAUUUGAGUACACAAAACAGAUCUACUGUCUUGUUCUUGGAUUUCUUCUGUUUGGUCUGGUAUACGGGGAUUGGGCAUUGGAAUGGGAUAAAUUCAAGCUGGACUACGACAAGCACUAUGCAUCGGCUACCGAAGAAAACGAACGUAAACAAAUCUUCAUUGAAAAUGUCAGUCGAAUGCGUACGUACCAGCAAACUCAUCCUGAUGCAACAUUCACGAUGGCAAUCAAUCAUUUAACCGAUCGACGCAUCGAGGAACUCGUAUCAGGACCGAACAAACACUUAGCAUCUAGUCCAGAAUCAAGCAAAAGUUCGAUUGAAGUAAAGAAUAUACCUGAUUCACUCGAUUGGCGCACAAAAGGUGUCAUAUCCCCUGUACAUAAUCAAGGCCUUGUCGGAGAAAUCGUGGUUGCCAUUGCGAGCACAGAACUCGUGGAGACUCUUCAUGCCAUUCAUACGAAGAGUCUGGUCGAAGGCAGCAUUUCACAAUUUGACAAAACCAAUCGGCUGACACCGGGAGACGAAAAUACCAUGUUGAAUUGGAUUCAAGAAUCUACUCUUUAUGCUGAAAUAGACGCCAGUGGAGCGGGUUUCGGAGUAUACGAGUUCGGUGUCUAUGAGGACUCUACAUGCUCACAAGAGAAUCUUAAUCAUGUGGUAAAAGACAACGGAUAG